AUCAACAGGUGAACUCAUCAAGAGGGUCAAGCUCCCAAGAUGCUCGCCGAUAUCAUCAGGCUGAUGCGCUCGUGUUCUGCAUCCCUCUUCGUUUCUUUCUCCAAUACGUUUUUACGCGUCUUCCGUUUGAUUUUUGUCGGCAGGAUUAAUGAUCUUCCUGUAGACAACGCACCCGACGUUGAAGCCGAAGCCAGCCUCAUCCUUCGCGAAUUCCCUCUCCUGACUGACGACCAGUACAAACAAUCAAGGAAAAGUUUCAUCAAAUCUCUCGAUGACAAUGCCCUCUGCGCGCUGGCAUCCCGCUAUAACAACGGUAAAUCUUGCCGGGUAGUCGGCAAAGCAAGUGGCAGCUUCAACGUUUGCGUAUUCAUCGAGUUCUACGAGGAUCGUGCGAAAUGGAUCGUUCGAAUUCCAAUAGAGCCGGCUUUCGAUGAUGCAUGGAUCAAACUUGAGAGUGAAGUAGCAACAAUGCGAUAUCUCAAGUUGGAAACCCAAGUUCCUGUCCCUAUUGUCCAUGCCUAUGGACGCGAUGUAUGCCUGACCAGAGGGUAAGGCUUAUUCGAUGAUCUCGACAAGAACCUAGUAAAGGGUGCUCGAAAGUAAGGUUUAUCCGAGAAGAUCGACGAGACCCUGGUACGGGGUGCUCGAAGCUGAGGUUUCCCCGGAGGCCUCGAUUAGGCCUUGGCCGAGGUUGCUCGACGGAAACGGCCGUCCGAGUUUUUCGAUCGGACCGUAAUCUGGGAUACUC